AGGAGCUGCCUGGCCCUUAUCAAGUGAGCUGGUAAGGAAGGGUGAUGGGUGGGGCAGGAGCCUCAGUGGGCCUGGGAAUGCUUGCGGCUUGAAAGGACCCAAACCUCAAGUGAAAAGAAGAGUACCAGGAGCCACUGGUGCUGGAAAAAGCCAGGGAUGGCCAAGAGGUCCCACUGCAGCUGGAGUCCGCUGCUGUGUCCUGGAGCUGCAGGCCUCCUGCUCGGGCCUCUUGUCAUGGAAGUGACCCUGCUUCUCCUUCUCUCCUUGGGCUCCUGGGCCCAAGGGCCAUCAGCAUUUCCGGAGACCCUUCAGCCUACAUCCACACUCAAUGGGAGCUCUGAUUCUUUGGUCUCAGAGAAAUCUGAGACCUCAAACCUCAAUUCAGUGACCUCCAGCUUUGCAUUAACAAGGGGUUCUGAGGAUAAAGACAGUCUCAGGAGCCAGGUCACCCGGAACCCACCUCCUUCAACUCUCAAUACGGGGGCUGACAAGGCCUCUCCCGGGACUUCCACUGAUGUUGACGUCUCUGCAUCUGUGUCAACAACACCCCAGGAAAUUUCCACCAAAUCAAUAGCAGUCCUGGAAAUCUCUGAGCCAACCAAUAACACUGCUGUCUCCAUAGCAACAGACUCUCUGGAUCUCCACACUGUGACUGCUAAAGCCACAGUAACUACCUCUCUGGAACCCACCCAUGGGACCAGUGGAUCCCCUACUGUCAAGACAACUAGCUCUUUGGAGCCCACUAAUGGGGCCAGCAGCCCUCCUGUCACCAUGGCAACCAGCUCUCCAGACACCUCCAGCGGGAUUAGCGGACCCCUUGUCACCAUGGCAACUAGUUCUCUGGACACCUCCAAUGGAACCAGUGGAUCCCUUGUCACCGUGACAGCCAGCUUUGAGGUGUCCUCCACGGGGAUCACUGGCUCCCCCACCUCUUGGGUAAAAAUGUCCCCUGUGACUCCCUCAAAGACCUCAUCAAACAUAAGUAGUAAAUCCACCCCCAAGACCAAGCCUGAUCUGAGGGCGAAGAGUACCCUGUUUCUGCUUUUGUUCAUGGCCCUGGUGGUCAUUGCCUUGGUGGUACUGCUCAAGCUGUGGCGCUGGCGGCAGCAGAGGAGGACAGGGGCCGUGACACUCCACAGGGUGGGCAAGCGCAACGGGGUGGUGGACGCCUGGGCUGGGCCGGUGUCCAUGCCAGAGGAGGAGGCUGGGAGUGCCUCGGCGGGAGUGGCUGGGGGUGACCAGAGCUCUGGGGAGCCUGUGGAAGAGGGGCCUGUGCGGCGCCCCACCCUCACCACUUUCUUUGGCAGGCGGAAAUCUCGCCAGGGCUCCUUGGUGCUGGAGGAGUUAAAGGCUGGGUCAGCCCCCGGGUUGAAAGGGGAGGUGGAGCCGCUGGUGGACAGCGAGGAGGAGGCUGAGGAGGGGACGGUGUAGGCCCUGUUCUGACGGGUCCCACAGGAGAGGUGGGCAGUGGCUUUCAGCAGGCUCAUCGGUUCCAACCUCAAGGUCAUCCAGUGGUUGCCGGCAUCCCCCUCCUGACUUUUCAUCUUAACCCUGAACUUUCCAGCCAGCACCCACCCGAGCAAUCACACCCAGCAUCUGCACCCAGUACCCAUAGGAGCUGUACCCAACAUCUUUUUCCGGCACCUGCACCCACACCCCUCCCACUGAGUGCUUGUAGGUUGAAUGAAUAAACCUUUCUCACUGACCCCUACU